AGUCCUCACUUCGGUGAUUGUGCGCUGAUCCACAUCGCGUAGCAAAGAGAUCUUCACAAGAGCCUCCAACAGUCGCAUUGCGUGUCAAGUGUCAGCGAUUAUACCGUCGAGAUCAUCAGGACUCGCGAAAGUGCAUCACUUCCAGCGAAUAUCAUAUCAAAUCCGAAGCGGUCAUAUCAACUCUUAAUUUAAGAGAGUGUGGACAACACUGAAGCGCUGAAUUUUCACCGCAUAAUCCAUGUUAUUUUUGAACUUAUUGGACUUAUAGUGAAAAGUGCGCAAACACUUCAAAACUUUCAUCUGAAACUCAUAUUAAAAAAAAAAUCUGCAAUGUUUAACUAAAAGUGCGCCCAGUGCGGAAAGUUUGUCGUUAAUCAUCAGCAAUUUUCAGCUAGAGUUUCCAGGAAGAAUCUCCCGUGAGGCAUAAGAGCUGGGGUGUAAAUUGAUAAAGGUGAUCCAGCAGCGGGACUUGAUGAAAAAGUAACUAAUUUGGCGUACAAACUGGCAAAUGAAGAAAUAUUGUCGCCAAGAGAAUGAACAGAAGCUCUCCACACAGGAACUGAGUAGAGAAAUCGUGAUAGUGUUUGAGUGAAAAAAGAAAUUGAGGAUUAUAAAUGACUGUGAGUUGCUGUGCUGGGGGACGAAUCAGCAGUAUUUUGGAUAUGAGACAAAUAAAGAUGUGGCCCAUCAUCGUUCUUCUGCUUCUUCUCGCUCCAGACUCCAACGACAGUCUUCGGUUGACAGAAGUCCGGAUACCAAACCACAUAGUUAGAGACAACCCAGCCAGACUCGAGUGCCACUACGAUCUGGACGGCGAAGCUCUGUACUCGGUCAAGUGGUACAAAGAUGGCAAUGAAUUCUACAGAUAUGUUCCGAGAAAUAUGCCGCCAGCCCACGUAUUCCAACUGCCAGGAAUUUCCAUAGAUAUUCAUAAUUCCACGGAUUCCAUUGUCGUGCUGCACAACGUGAGCCUAUCGAGCACGGGAAAAUACCGAUGCGAGGUAUCAGCUGAAGCCCCAUCAUUUCAGACAGUCACAGAUCACGGAGACAUGAUUGUCGUAGCACUGCCAGAGGAGGGGCCCCGCAUCACGGGUGGACGACCACGAUACCAAAUCGGGGACAUCGUGCGUGUCAAUUGCACAUCGGGUCGUUCUAAGCCGGCAGCCCAUUUGAACUGGUUUAUCAACGGUCAUCAGGCGGAGCAUUCGUUUAUGCGGAAGUACGAUAACAUUGUCACUGGCCGCGAGGGACUGGAGACAUCGAUACUCGGGCUGGAGUUUCGUGUUCGAGUCAAGCAUUUCCGCAAUGGAGACAUGAAGUUGAAAUGUUUGGCGACAAUUGAGGACGUUUACUGGCGGACAAACGAGGAGAGCGUGGAGGGAGACAAGCCACAGAAGGCGCCCGUGCUGGAGUCCAGGGAAACCGUGCCACCCAGCAAUUCUCGUGCUGAUCGUGUCCAAGCUGGAACGGGUUCAUCGCAGAAAAUCCAUCCAGAUCAUCUAUCGCUCUUCUGGAUCAUCACGCUGGCGUGCAUCGUGAGAGCGGCCGGAGCGGACUUCCAUGAGAUGCCUCGCAGUCAUGGUGUGAUGCCACUAAGAUAACUAUCUGCUGCUGCCCAUCGACCGAGUUAUCAAAUUCACAAUUAAAUAUACGAUGAAACGCCAUAAAAUGCCAAAGAGAGAUUAUCAAGUAAGUUUUUUAACAUAAAGAAGUAUAUAUAUAUAUAUAUAUAUAUACAAGUAUAUGACAGAAAAUCCCUUUUCUCCAAAAAAAAAAUUUAGAUAAAAUUUCUUUCGUAACAAAAUUACAAUGAAUUGAGACGGGAGAAUGACAUUUGUAAUGUGACAGGGAAUGACAGAGGAGUCAUUCGAAUUGCUCAUCGUUCUCGUGAAAGUAAACUGAAUUGUGAUUUAAGUGAAUGAAUAAGGCAAGAAAAUAUUUAGAACAAUGACGAUUUAGGUUAAACUAAGAGAAAAUCUGUAUAGCUUUUAAGAGAAUAGGAAUUAAGAUGAAGAAAACCUAAUAACUCCAUAAAUCAUUAAAUUUUAAAUGUAAAUUAAUGAAUAGUCUAAAAAUCGCCCUAAUUACUGUUUGUAAAUAAUAGUUGAAGAAAUAUUUAACAAUGCAUAAGUUUAAGCGUAGGAAAAUCUGCGAGAAAUUCAUGCCAGAUUUCCUCAAGUGAGAUGGAAAACAUCCAAUCCCAAGAGGUUAAUGGGAAUUUCUGUAUAUUGAUAAAGUUAAUUGUGUAUAAAUGUGUAUAAUAGUUAAAUAUCCCAGAAACGAGCAACGGAAAUUCACUGAAAUUCCAUUAAUUUACUAAAUAAACAGUCUUUAAUUACUUUUCCGUUUGCAAUCUUUCACCACCCCAAAUUUUGCGGGAGGGGGUGGAAUGCAACAAAAAGGCGGGCUUUUAGCUGAGUGAUGGCAGUGAAAUAAAACUGAAAUUCACUAACUUUCCACCCACUUUCAUUUUAAACUCAUAAAUACAGCGGGUAUUUUAUUAUUUUAUUUUCCGAACGAAAAUUAAAUCCAAACCAUCAAAGCACUCAGCCAGACUUUAAUUCCAAUGAACCGUCACGCCUUGCAUUAUAUUUUCUCACACGGAGAUUCUCAAUUGAAUGGAAAUAGCCAGAUAUUUUUAUAUUAGAAAAGAAAGAUAAUAGUGAGAUAUUUUUUCUCGGUACACUAAAAGGAAAAGGCACAUGAAUAUAUUUAUUCGAAUAAUAAUGAAGAGAAAGAGAGUGAUUAGAUUGAGAGGAUAGUUUAAUAAUUCAAAUUGUAGAUAAUAAAUAUGAAAAGUAACGUUAAAAUUGAUCUUAUGUAAAAAGUGACAUGAUAAAUGAGACACAUUUCAGUCAAUGUACGUAAAAAUAUCAUCUUAAGAAGAAAAUUUAUUAUAUCAAUGAACUAUGUGAGUCUAUUGUCAAUUUUAUCAAAACAUAUUUCAUCAAUUUAAGUGAUUUCGUUCACCACAAUUUUCUCUAUCAAAACUCUUAAAGUAAAAGAGUUGUGAAGUACAUUAUAAAGUGUAUAAAUUUAUAAUAUCAUGUGGAACAGGUGCAUUUCAAACGAUGUAGAAUUUAUUUUUACAUCAAGUACAAAAGAGACUAAUAUUUUAAGCACUUAUUAACGAAAUUAUUCCAAAAGGAACUCUCAAAUAAAAUUCUAUUGAAAAUCGAAUCAAAUUCACCAACAUCAUUUACAUAAAUAAAAAUUAUUUGUACAACAGAUUGAAUCAAUUGUGUAACAAAAAGUGUUUUCAAGGAGUUUUUCCAAAACAAAAAUCCGAAACAUUGUUGUGUAAAUUAUAACUUUUUUCUACCAUCUCUGAUAAACAUUUUCAUGCAUACAUAUAUAGACAUUUUCCAUUUGAUCGAGUAUUUUCGUAUAUGCAGGUAAUUUAAAUUGGUGAGAAAAAAUGCACAAAAAGUGCAAUCGAAUGAAAUUCAUCAUGAAAAUUCCCAUCAAACGAAAAAUAUGAUCAUGAUUAAACCUCAUAUAUAGGAUAAAAAGGGUUAUGAAUAAAAAUAGUACAUGAAGAAAAUACACACUAUAGAGUAAAUAUAGAGCAUUGACGAGGCAAAAAAACAUUCGCUGAUUAAUGUAAAUACUCUCCGAUAAAAAAUAAAUUACAUUUGGAAAGAAUGGGAAUCUUUAAUGGACGAUGAGGUUAUUUUUUAUUCAAAUCAUCCCAUUUAACAGAAUUACUUACUGCAAGACAUCAUAUUAUAUAAUUUUGCAUUCAAUAAAAAUUUAAAGAAUUAAUACCUCUUGUUGAAAUCGUAUAUAUGUAAUGAAAUGUUUGCAAUUCGCUUUUCUGUCUUUCUCAUGGUGUCUAGUCUUGACAACAUUCUCAACAGGGACACUCCAUUUGGGGUGGAAGGAAAUGCGAAAUGAUAAAUUAUUAUUAACCUUCUAACAGACAUUUCUGCCAAAAUAAGAAUGUGGAGCUAAUAUCUG